AGUGCUCCUGAGCUAAAGGGAGCGUGGGUGUCCUUGAGACAGAGGAGUUGCUUUUCGUGAUGGAGGUGACUAGGUAUCAGUUCUCCAGGUCAGCCAACAGUUCUGAGGAAAGGUAAAUAGAUAACCUUGGGGAUGGAGUGAGGCAGGAAGGGGAGAUGGAAAAUCAAGGUGUCAUUCAAUAUUGAUUGGUGGCAGCUAAAAGAUGUGUCUUGCUCAAACUUCAAAAGUCGAAGGUAAUUAAAAUAUGGGGUUUGGAUGUAAUGGGAAAGAUGAUACAUUCUGUCAAAAGAUGCUCCUUAUGGAAGGGAACGGACUGCCACGCCCAUCAUCCAUGAACGUGGGCCAUGCUGGCUGAGGCUGAUGGGAGUGAUCUAGCAGCAACCCUAAAGGAGAGGAACCCAAUUCGCAGCUGUUAUCACAGCUGCGAAUCUUGUGAACCGUGUUUUAUUUGGGAAUCUGAUACAUUCACCAACCAACUGCUUUUGUUUCAGGGUCCUUGCUCACUACAGUGAGGUGUCGUUAUUGCUAGAAGGGCGGUCGGAUUUUCCAGAAGAGCUGAAAGGCACCAAAAAGGGAAUGUUGUACCUCACCCAGUACAAAGUAAGAGGGCUUGAGGCAGGCUGGCCAUAAUAUAACAAGAGAGCUCAUAGCACCUCCCUUGCCGUUGGUAGGUGAACCUCUGACAUCGCCUUGAGCUUGGGAGUCCCAGACCACAGCAUGAAACACCCACCUCAGGCUGCUGGUUUUGGGUGUCAUUGAAGCACAGAACAUUUUAAUUAUGGAUGACUGAAUGAAUAGUUUAUUGUUCUUUGGCCAUGGAGGCCUAUCACAUAAACACCCUCACACUAAUGCACACAUCCCAAAGCACCUGUAAGCAUCAAAAUAAGUGUGCACACAAUAUAUCCCUGCCCAUAUUCUCCUUACACAAAUGGAGAAGGGGCAUUUUUUGCGCUGUGCCACCUUUAGUUCCUUGUAACACUCCUCACUGCUUUUUGAAUGGCUUCUUGAUUGCUUCCCUAGAUGAUCUUCCAGCACAAAGAUAAGGGAUCCACCAUCAUUCGUUUCCCGCUACAGCUCCUAGGAGAUUGUGUCCUAGAGGACGAGCCGGGCUCCAAGCCCCAGCAUAUCAAAGGAACCCUGAGUAUGUAUCACCACCUUGAGUCUAUUGGCUGCUGUGUGUGAUAGUUCUCAAAAUGAGAGAGAACUCCCUUUGAUGGGUUAUUAUAGGAACGGAGGAAGCUGCCGUAUACUGAAUCAGACCAUUGAUCUAUUUAGCUCAGAAUUCUUCAACAUCAUUCAUUGCAGGCCUUAUUGUCUUUGCAAAGGUAGAAUCAUAGCUUUUUACCACUUUGGGAGAAAAAAUGUAUGUUGGCGCAGAUUACAACACAGGUGGCCCUGUGGUCUAAACCACUGAGCCUCUUGGUCUUGCCGAUCAGAAGGUUGGCAGUUCGAAUCUCUGCAAUGGGGUGAGCUCCCUUUGCUGUGUCCCAGCUCCUGCCAACCUAGCAGUUCAAAAGCACGCCAGUGCAAGUAGAUAAAUAGGUACUGCUGUGGCAGGAAGGUAAACGGCAUAUGCGUUUUCUCUGCUUUCCGUCACGGUGUUGCAUUGCACCAGAAGUGGUUUAGUCAUGCUGGCCACAUGACCCAGAAAAGCUGUCAGUGGACAAACGCCGGCUCCCUCGGCCUGAAAGAGAGAUAAGCACCACAACCCCAUAGUCGCCUUUGACUGGACUUAACCAUCCAGGGGUCAUUUACCUUUUACCUUUACAACAUGAGCCCAAUGUCUUACUGUAGCCUUUUCUCCCUAGCAUCCACCCAAGGGGUCCUUGUCUUCAAAUUUACCUUCCAGUACGGAGCGUCUGAUUGCCUAAACACGAUAAAGGGUCUGAUUGAUGCAGGUGAGGAACUAGAUUGAAAGGCCCUUCCUUUGUUGGAUAUCAAAGGCCCACUCCUUCCUCUCUGUCCCAUUUAAAAGGCAGGGGCCACCAACUGGAGAGAGCAUUUGGCCAAAAGGCAGGACAGUUUUAUGUCAGGAUGUGCCUUUAAUUGGGAAUUGGGUCCAUUGCAACAGAGGUGCGGAACCUUUUGCAGCCCGAGCUUUCUUUCAUUGGUUACUCCAGGUGCUACAUUCCAGUGGUGGGUGGGGCAAGAGGGGGAAAGUAGGUGGAGCAAUAGAUGUGACUCUCAGCUUUGUAAAAUAGUCCAAAAUCCAGCCACGCAAAUGUGAGAAACUAUUAUUUGUUAUAUCUGCUUUGAUUUUUUUAAAAAUUGAUUUUAUCCUUGCUUUUUAAAUCAUGGUUCUUUGUGUGUUUGUUUCUGUGUAUUUUAGUCAUGAUUUAUAUAGAAUUGGACUUCUUGUACACUGCUUGGGGAAUUGUUUAGCAAGGAGUUUAUCAAUUUUUCAAAUGAAACAAAGAUGCAUACAAAAUGCAUACAAGUGUUGCAUGUGUGCUUGUGAAUCUAUAUAUCUAUAUCUAUAUCAGACGUGCUUUUCUCUCUCCCGCCUUUUUGUUAAUCUAACAGACAUACUGAGAGAAGGGACGAACCUCCAAGAAUAUCCCACUGCUUCCAUCUAUACCUAUGCCUACCCCUCUGCACCCCGGGCAGCCCGUAAGUGCACCAAUGGUCUCCUUUGGAUAGUGUGUGCAAGUUGGCCUACUAAGGAAGCUCAGACUCCCGGCCUCUUAAUGCGCAGCUGAAAAGCAGAUGGGCUCUCAGCCGACUCUGUUAUCAAAUCCAGUGCUGUGCUACUGCUACUGCUGCUGCUGCUGUUUAACCAGGGCUGGCAAUGGUAGUUUGUUCAGGGCGCUGAGAGUUGCCAGGAGACCCCUGUCCCCCUCACAGAGCGGCAGCUCUUUCCUCCUUUAAUUCAUAUGCUUUGUGUUCCUGAUCCCAGUUUUCAGUAGGUGCCUGUCCUUCUCUCCACAGGUUCUCUCAGCAUGCUGCCACUGUGGCCUCCCCCUUACCCUGGCCCACCAGACCUCCCCCCUCCCUAUUCCGAAGUGGAAGGAACGUCUCCAAGAGGGAGCAGGGGCUCAGGUAAAAUCAGCUGGCCCAGCGCUAGCUCCUGGCAUCCAUGGGCAGUUGCCGGGCAGGGCCCACCAGUCAGGGCUGAAUUAAGACAUUUAAGGCCCUAAGCACUUAAAAGGUUUUGGUGCCCCCAUAUGUAUCUAAUUCAAACUGGUGGAAGGCUGGUUAAUCCAGCCUUCCACCAGUACGAGCGCUUAUGCCAGGCCUUCCUUGUCAGGCUGCUGAAUCUACAAGCCUCCAUUUUAAUUCCCUGCAAAUGCUCCAAUGUUGGCUGCUCCAGGGCAUUGUGGGGAAUUAAAAUGGCAGCUCCCAGACAUCCUUGGAGCACAAGGGCUGCCACACCACCAGUUCCAGGUAAGCCUAAGGAGCUCCACCAGGGGGCACUCUCAACCAAGAGCUGCCUUGUAAAACAGCAUAUCAUAGGUCUGGGCUGGGGAACCUGUGGUCCUCUAGAGGCCACUGGACUCCAGCUACCACCAUCCCUGAUUUCUGGCCAUGCUAGCUAGGGCUGAUGGAGUCUCAACAUCACUUAGAAGGCCCCAGGUUCCUCAUCCCUGUCAACUGUGCUCAUGUCCUUCAACCUUGCCACAUCUUUGGUUCUGGAAAUAUUCUCUGCCAGAGGAAUUGAACAUGAAAUAGUUUAUUAGAACUAUGUAGAACAGGUCUUCUCUCCUUCAGUGACUUUCUCCCUCAGCUUCCAGCCCUGCUGCUUAACCUCCUAAACUAGAUAUAGGAGGUGCCCUUAAAGGUAUACUCACAUUUAUCCUUGCACCUGAAAAUCAUAGUUCUUCACUCAGCACAGUAUAGCAGCAGAGUGACCAAAGAGGCUGCAGACUCCUCUCUGGCAAUUUGAACAUUUGCAUAGUUUGGCCAACCAUGUUGUACAAACCAAGGCUGUGUACCAUACAUCUAAAGCACACCCCCCCAAAGAAUAAUGGGAAUUGUAGUUUAAUCCCAAUUAGAUGCAAUUCUCAGCAUCUUUGAAAAAACUACAGUUCCCAGGAUUCUUUGUUGUGGGGAGGAAAAUGAGUUUUAAAUGAACACAGGUCAAGGUCAGGACUGGUCUGGCUGCUUUGAGCCAUUCUGGGCCUAGAGGGCAGAACAGGAUAUGAAUUCAAUGAAGGAAUGAACUAUUUUUUAAAAAAAUGGUGGAGGGGAGCAUUGGAUGAUGUGGAUAUUUUCUCUCCCUCCCUCCCUACAGAGAUCCAAGGGAGCUGCUGUCAUUGCAGAGGACAGAGGAUCCAGGAUCAUGUUAACAGGCAGGACUGAGGAACAAGUGCAUAAAUGUACUUUUCUUUAAAAUUCUAUCCGGUUUUAACUUUUCAUUUCCUCUUCCAAGAUUUCCUGGUAGGCCAGCGAUUCAGUUGGGCAAGCAACCAAGGGUUUCCUUCAAAGAGCUCUUGUUUAUUCACAGGCCAGAACAGAACUGAACUGAAGGGUUCAGCCAGCCUGCUUAUAUAGAGCUCCACUAGAACAUAACAGUAACCAUUUUCUGUAACUAUCCAAUCACUGAAGUCACUUUCGAUCCCUUAUUUGCAUAUGUGGACCUGAACUAUCUUACAGUAUCCCCCUGCUGGCCCAGGGUGAGAACUUCAGUACAUAACACCUCCGGCUCUGGUGAUAGGUCCUGCUGCUCUGGUUCCUGUGCACUGACCCCCAGCCCCUCGUCAUCCUCCAUCACCCUAUGAGUACUGCAGCGAGGCUCCUCACGGGGUCUCUGCCAUGGGAGCAUAUUCCCAUGUUUUUCCAGCUGGCUCCCGGUGGAGUACAGGGUCAGAUUUAAGGUGUGGGUUUUGACCUUUAAAGCCCUUCACAGCCUAGGACCCUCGUACCUAUGGGACCGCCUUUCCCGGUAUGCCCCACGGAGAGCCUCAAGGUCCAUAAAUAGCAACACCCUAGAGGUCCCGGGCCCUAAGGAAGUUAGAUUAGCCUCAACCAGAGCCAGGGCUUUUUCAACACUGGCUCCGACCUGGUGGAACGCUCUGCCUCAUGAGACCAGGGCCCUGCAGGAUCUGAUUUCUUUUCGCAGGGCCUGUAAGACAGAGUUGUUCCGCCUGGCCUUUGGCUUGGAGCCAAUUUGAUUCCCUCCCCCUCUUUUUUCUUUUUUCCUUUCUCUUCCUGUGAUGAGGCUGCAUUUUAAUGUUUCAAUGUUUCAAUGUUGUAUUUUAAUCUUGUUUUUAAGUUGUAUUCAUUCAACUUGUUUUUAUUAUUGCUUGUUGGCCGCCCUGAGCCUGGCCUUGGCUGGGGAAGGCGGGGUAUAAAUAAAAAUUAUUAUUAUUAUUACACCAACCUCUCCUUCCCCACCCCCAGCUUGCCACAGUGUGUCCAAGCUGGGAUCCUCUUCCUCAUCUUCCUCCUCCCCAUUGUCCUGCCAGUUCAUGACACUUAGGAAGGUUUGCCUUUAAAUGUGAACUGAAUUCAAUUUCUCUCCCCUCCCCCACCCCUAUGUGGUCCAUGUGUGCAGACACAGUAGCAGAUCCGGCAACAAAAUGUUUCUUGUCUCUCACCCAGGGCCAGCGCAGGGUGAGGCCACAACCUCAAAUGUGGAAGCCCCUGAGGUGGUGUUCCUGAGGGCACUCUGCCUGCCUCCACCAUUGAUUUCACGAGAUGUUGCCAAAACCACGUGGCAUUUUGAGGAGCUUGUGAGAUCUCACCCCUCUCGCUUGAAGUGGCGAAACGGGAUGCAGUGCCCCGCUUCCACUGAUAGGGUGACAAGGCGCCACCUUCCUCUACCUUGUGCCUAUGUUUGUUUGUGGAGUUGGCAUUUGCAUCCCCGGCCCAACGCUGGCCAGAAAGUUCAGGUAGUCACAAGGACGCCUGUUCUCGCCAAAAGUUGGCGUCUCCUCUUGCCAAGGUAAAUUUUGCAUUGGACAAUCAUUAUCUAAUCUGAUUGGAGUGCAACACAUUCUGUUCAUACAAACAAUUUCUUAGAAGAAACUAACUGCAAGUUGCCUUAUGGACGGCGAUACCCCAAAAUGUCUAAAACGCUAUGCAUUCCUCACUUCCCCAAUCAGUGUGAAGUUCUAGGGGUGGAAGUACCUGGGUUUGCCUUGGCUUUUGAGGAGAGAUCACUGGAGGCUUGUGUGUUUUGUAAACAAAACAAAUACGUAUUAGAAAAUGUACAAGUGGAGAAGAACUGAAGGCAAGCAACAUAAGCAGGCGUUAGACCCCUUGCUUCACAUCAGAUCUUCCCUGGGAGAGGCACACAACACCCAGCUGAGGCUAGCUGAAAAGGUCUUCGCAGUAGUUUCUCCCAGACUUUGGAAUUCCCUUCCUAGAGAGGCUAGACUGGCUUCUUCCUCUUUGUCCUUCCACCGACAAGUGAAGACUAUUGUAUACCUGCAGGCUUUUGGGAACUGGAAAGGGCUUCAAAUAGUGCUGCACUGUUUUUAAUAUCUGUUUUUCCCCCUAUUGCUUUAAUUUUAUUAUGGUUUAAUUACUCUUUAGCUAUUAUCCUUUUUUUAAAAAAAGCUUUCUGUGUUUUAUUCAUGCUCAUUUUAAUUUUUGUGAGUUUCCUGGAGUCCCAGUUCUGGGAGAAAGUUGGGAUAUAAAAUAAAUAUAAUAAAAAUAACAGGAGUCCAUUAAGGCAAAUGAGGUGCUGCCCCACCAAAAUUUAGCCAGCCCCCACUUCCCUGCCCUCUUACUUACAAGUAAUCAGGGGAGGCUCUGCCUGUCAUUGGCUCUGGCUCCACCCAUUGGUCUCUCUACCUUUUGCCCUACCAAUCCCAAUGGGCACUACAUCCAAGGAUGCUUCCAUCCUUUAGCUCACAGCUCUCUCUCUCUCUGUCUUGCUGUCACAUUGCAGCUGCUUUGUCCAUUACUUCACACAUACACUCCUACCUUCUCUAAACCCCAAUGGCUUUUUUCAUUUAAAGCCUCCCAGACUUAUUUUAUCCUUAUUCUGAGGCUGCUUUUGAGGGCAAAAACCAGUGUGGUGUAGGAAACCAGAGCUCAGAUCCCCAGUCUGCCAUGAAGCUCAAUGGGUGAUCUUGGGCCAGUCACUGUCUCUCAGCCUAGCCUACUUCGCAGGGUUCUUGUGAGGAUAAAUUAAGGAGGAAGAGAACCAGCACGCCGCCUUGAGCUCCUUGGAGGAAAUGUUGGGGUAUCUAUGCAAUCCUUUGCUUGGCAUCCGUCUGUCUCAGGAGACAAUGGUGAAGUCAAACUGUUGGCAGGUUGCAGCGCCUGCUGUGGUCGUAGAGACCGAUGUAGGAGAGACAUGUUUUGUUGCAGCUGGGGCAGACAAAGGCAUCCAGCUGAGCUGCUGCAGAUGAGCGCCCAUACCUUACGCC